UUGUCUUCCCUUUUGCCCUUUGCCUGUCCUUCCCCAUCUCCAGGUUGUGCUCCAGGGAGGAGGAUGCUCUGCGGUUCCCCCAUCCACUGCUCUCUGCUGGCUUUUGUCAUUUCCACUUUAGUUUUCCAAGUUCCUCAGGGGCAGUCAGCUCCACUCACCGUCACUGCACCCCCCGGCCCCAUCACCGUGGCCAAGGGCGAGGACGUGGUGCUGCCCUGCAGCUUCUCCCCGGGGCAGAAUGCACAGGACACGGAGGUGACCUGGUUUCGGGAGCAGUUCUUGCCCUUUGUGCAUCGCUACAAGUGGGGCCAGGACCAGUACGGGGAGCAGAUGGUUCAGUACCAAGGGCGCACUGAGCUGGGGAAGGACGGCCUUGCCAAGGGCAGCGCGGACUUGAGGAUCUUCCGUGUCCAACCAUCUGACACAGGGAAUUACACCUGCUUUGUUCGCCGUGGCUCAGAGUACGAUGAGGCUCUGGUGGAGCUCAAGGUGACAGCCAGCGGCUCUGCCCCGCUCAUCGCGCUGGAGCGCUACGAGCACGGGGGGAUCCGGGUGGCCUGUCGCUCUGCCGGCUGGUACCCACGGCCCCGGGUGCUGUGGCACGAUCCCCACGGGCGCCAUCUCCCGUCCCUCUCGGAAAACGCUACCCAGGACAAGAAUGGGCUCUUUGCAGCUGAGAGCAGCAUCAUCCUCACCAGGGCUGGGAACCAGGAACUCUCCUGCUCGGUGCAGCACCUCCCGCACACACCGGGGCAGGGAUCAGCCCUUUACGUCUCAGAUCCCUUUUUCCAAGAUGCCCAUCCUUGGAUGAUUGCCCUGGGUGUGGUCCUGGUUGCUGUGGUCACUCUCCUUAUUAUCGCUGUUUGUCUAUUUAAAAUUAAAGGAAAGCAGCAGAAAGAAAUAGAACCAAAGCAAAAGUGGCAGGGUGGGAGUGCCCUGGUGCCCUUGGAGAUGAGGGACCUGCCAGAGAUCAUUUCCUGCCCCCAGGUUGAGCAGGACAAGCUGCCCCAUGGGUGGGGGAGCAGAGCUGCAGGCUGGGGGUGGGACAGGGCUUUGCACUGCUCAGCCUUGGCACAAACCUGCCCUCCAGCCCGUGCAGGGGGUCCCAGGAGAGGGCAGACAGGGGAUGUCCAAAUCAAUGGCCCACAACCCAUUUGUGCUGCUUUCUCUUCCUUUUCAGAGCAACAAGCCCAGGAACUUGCAUGGAGAAGACAGGCAGUGCCUAUAGAAGAAGCGAACGUGGUUCUGGAUCCAGACACAGCCCACUGUGAGCUUGUCCUGUCUGACAAUGGCAAAAGUGUGACACGAGCUGACACACGACAGAACAUCCCCGACACCCCCGAGAGAUUUAACGUGUGCCACUGCAUUCUGGGCUGUGAGGGCUUCACCUCGGGGAGACACUACUGGGAGGUGCAGGUGGAGAAUGCAGGAAGAUGGGCUGUGGGGAUUUUUAGAGAAGAUGUGAGAAGGAAGGGUUAUAUUGAGCUUAAACCAGAGAAAGGCAUCUGGGCAGUGGGGAAACAGGCAGUCAUGAAAGCUUUCACCUCCCCUAGUCCCACUGAAUUGUUUAUAAUCAAGGCUCCCAGGCGGAUCCGGGUCUUUCUGGAUUAUGAAAUGGGACAGGUGGCAUUUUUCAGUGUUGAUGAGAGGAUUCCCAUCUUCACGUUUCCACGGGUAAUGUUUGAGGGGAAAAUAGUCCACCCUUGGGUCUCUAUAGGUCCUGAGACAUGUCUGAAAAUAUGUCCCUGA